AUGUACCGCAUUUGGAAUAUAUAUGUUCUUGCCGCGUUUGGCACCAUCGGCGGCAUGAUCUUCGGCUUCGAGAUCAGCUCCAUGAGUGCGUGGAUCGGUUCAGAACAAUAUCUCGAAUAUUUUAACCACCCAAACUCAUCUGAGCAAGGUGGUAUCACAGCUUCCAUGUCCGCUGGCUCCUUUAUUGGCUCUCUUCUAUCUGGGUGGCUCGCUGACCGUAUUGGCCGCCGGUUGGCUAUCCAAAUUGCUUCUGUGGAUUGGAUUAUUGGCGCUGUUCUACAAUGCUCUGCUCAAAAUGUCGCUCAUCUUGUCGUGGGCCGCAUUGUUAGUGGGCUUGCCAUUGGUAUAACAAGCUCUCAGUGUAUCGUCUAUCUCGCGGAACUGGCGCCCUCUCGUUCUCGUGGACGAAUUGUUGGUAUUCAACAAUGGUCCAUUGAUUGGGGGAUUUUGAUUAUGUACCUUAUUUCGUAUGGCUGUUCUGUUUCUAUCCACCGACCGGCAGCUUUCCGAAUUGCCUGGGGCCUCCAGGCUGUUCCUGGAGCUGUCUUGUUCGUUUCUCUUUUCUUUUUCCCAGAAUCUCCACGCUGGCUUGCCUCCAAAGAUCGCUGGGAGGAAUGUCACGAUGUCCUCGCCAAUCUGCACGCCAAAGGAGAUCGAGAUAACCUCGAGGUGCUAGCUGAGCUAGAGGAGGUUAGAGAAGCAGCAAGAAUCGCAGCAGAGUCAAAGGAAAUUGGCUACCUAGGUUUGUUCACUCCGAAAAUGUGGAAGCGAACAGUUAUCGGUGUCAGUGCCCAAGUCUGGCAACAGCUUCUUGGUGGUAAUGUUAUGCUGUAUUACCUUGUCUAUAUCUUUAACAUGGCCGGCAUGUCGGGGAAUGCUGCUCUGACAUCUUCUAUUAUCCAAUAUGUUAUUUUUCUUGUCACUACUGGAGGAGUCCUUUUUGUAAUCGAUCGCAUGGGCCGCCGGUGGCUACUCAUUGUUGGCGCCCUAAUUUGCGGUGUCAUCCACUUUGUUGUGGGUGCCAUGAUGGCUGUUUACGGGCAUCAUGUGGACAGUGUUGAUGGUAACGAUAUCCUGAAAUGGCAGAUUAGCGGCCCGCCCGCCAAGGCAGUUAUUGCUCUAUGUUACAUUUUUGUCGGAGUUUGCGUUACGUGGGCCCCUGGGGCGUGGAUUUACUGCGGUGAAGUCUUUCCCUUGAAAUAUCGCGCCAAGGGCGUUGGUCUCGCAGCUGCAGGAAAUUGGGCUUUUAACCUUGCUUUGGCCUUCUUUGUUCCCCCAGCCUUUACAAAUAUUCAGUGGAAGGCCUACAUGAUCUUUGGAACCUUUUGCAUUGCUAUGGUCUUCCAUAUCUACUUUAUGUACCCGGAAACGGUGAAGAAGUCUCUCGAAGAGAUUGAUACACUGUUUGAAAGCGACAUUCCGGCAUGGCGCAGUGCGAAAGCAGUGGGCACGUUUGAAGAGAAAGUAGCACGAGCAAAGGAAGUGGGAGGUUUGGACGACCUCAAGAAACAAGCCAAAGUGAAUCACAAAGAGAAUGUAUGA